AUGUAUAACGAUCCUAACAAGCAGGGCUUCAAUAACUAUGCAAACCAAUAUCCACCAAUGAAUCAACCUCCACCUUACCCACAAUAUCCACCACCCGGUGCAGUUUAUCCUGGACAACAACCAACGUACCAUCAAUCGGUUAUUGUUUCACAACCUAUGCCCUACCGUCGAUGGGCUAAUUUCGUGCCUACACCACUUACAUCCGGUUUGAAAACAUAUCUUGUCAUUUCUGGCAUAUUCUAUCUAAUAUGGUCAGUACUGGGUUUCGGCCUAGAAAUAGCUAUCAUUACCAAUUCAUAUUCCACCUAUUAUCGAGGAAUUUGGACAGGUGUUUUCUUUUUUAUCACCGGUAUCCUUAUGCUAGUCGCAUCAUGCCGGACAUCGUACGUUCUGGAACAUAUUUCCCGAUUCUUGGUUGUUGAUCUUUCCCUAGGCAUUUUAGCUUUGAUUCUCUCUAUUGUUAAUCUAGCUACAUCCACUCGAUGUUCUACAUAUGUCUAUUGGUACUAUUGUGAUUAUAGCUUAGCAACCAAUUUGAAGAUAUCUAUCUUAAUUUUAUUUAUCGUAGCGGUUGCCCAUACAAUCGCCAGUCUGGUUGUCGUCAGCAAUGCACAAAAACGAGCAAGAACAUCCGCCGGACCCAAUGUUCUCCGCAAUUAA